GUCCCCUCAACGCCUUUCAUGAAGAUUCCUUACCUUACUUCAGCACUCAAACCUUCUCUGCGCGGGAACUUAUGCGUUCACUUUACGAACUUUUUUAAACGUAUAUUUCAGAUUAAACGUUGCACAUUUAUAGCUCAGAGCUUGCGAUUUGUGGUCUGACUGCUGGGAAAGUAGAGCUGACGCUCACGCACGUAGUGUAAGCGGUGUAUUAUUGCUUUGGUUGUUCACCGCUUGCAUGCCAAUCCUUUAGAAAGUCGCGGGUAAAGAAAGACCUGAGAUUAAAAGGCGCGUUUUAAACAGAUAACCGUGGAAGUACAACUCGACGUGGACCUUUCAGACUGGACUCCGAAGAUGAUAUGGAAGACAUCUGCAGUUUGAACGAUGUGAAUCGAGAGUUCUUCUGGAGAUUUCGUUACGUUUUUGCGUAAGACUGACGAACUGUAGAAUCAAUGUGGUUUUCUCCGAAGAUACGCGUGGCCCGAGACUCACCUAAACAUUGACACGUCUUGGGAGUGAUGCACUGGCUUCCCCUGGUUGCCAUGGUGAUCGCCUCGGCCCUGCCUUUCUCUCAAAGUCCUGUGCCCAGGCUUGUUGCUGCAAUGAUGAAGCCUGGCAGAAACCACAGUGACAGCAGCAGCAGUGUCCCAGUGGACCAUGACUCUUCUCACAACAACUACAGCACACAUGACAUAGCUUCUCACAGAACAGACGAUGAGCAGCGCAUGUUUAAGGAGGACCAUAUAUCCAAAGGUAGAGCAGACCAAGAUAAUCUUCUAACAGAAGACAUUUUUGUCGAUAACCCAGAGCAGGACUACACAGGUGGAGGAAGGACUACCGGAGCAGAUGUCUCCAGGCCGCAUAAUCCUAGGAAAUACAAAUCACAAAAAAUAGACAGUUCCAAAAGCAAUGAUAUUCUCAAAGACUACCAGCUUGAACGUAGCCAGUUUCAUGAAGAAAGCAUUAUUGAGGCAGAGACUUUACUUAAAGAUGACAGGAAGGCAAGAAGUGAACUGAAAGACAGGCCUCUUGAAGGUCCCAAAGUCUCUCUGCAGAGCUCUCCAGUGCAGGAACAUCUGGACGAAGCUCAGACAAAUGCUAAAGAGUUGCUGCAGCAAUAUGGAGGGUUUGAAGACAUAGGCCUACGAGAAGAAGAUCAGCUGCUUUUGCUGGAUGCCCAUCCGCGGGUACUCUUCUCCCCGGCCCUUUCCCCACCCAAACACCCACCUCUGCUCUUAAUGCUGGAGUUGGGCUUAUUGGCCAAUGACGUUGAGGAUGAGGAAAGUCACAUGAUGGAUCCUGCCACGUCUGGCCACGGAGGCGACAAAGAAACAUACAGAAACUUACUCUUGGGCCUCUCUGAUUCUGAAGGUCCCGUUCCAGGUGUCCGCCGCAAGCGUCAAGUCGGCCACAGCGUACAAGAACGCUCCGUAUGCGAGGCCGAAACCGGGUGGGUAACCAACAAGAAGACGGCGGUGGACUAUUGGAGCAACACCGUCACUAUUCUGCAAGAGAUCCCAACCAAGACUGGGCCGCUCAAGCAGUAUUUCUACGAAACAAAGUGCCGUAAGCCAGAUCCAAACAGGAGAGGUGAAGUGCAGGCGGUGGAGGGGACCAGCUGCUUGGGGGUGGAUAAGAAACACUGGAUGAGCAAGUGCGAAACCAAGCAGUCGUACGUACGUGCGCUCACCUCAGAUCAGAACAAGAGGAUAGGAUGGAGGUGGAUCCGUAUUGACUCCUCCUGUGUUUGCGUACUGCUCACUAGAGGAACGUAUUACACUGAGAAGAAGUUGGAGCGGGAAAGAGGGCGAGAGGGCAGAAGGUACAGAUAGCUCUGACUGUCUGAACAAAGGAUUGACGCAGAGUUCAUGUGAAUAAAAGAGCGUUUAAAGGAC